UCAACCCGGUUGCUCCCUGUUCCCAAGGCAGUAUUUUAUUAGCCGCGUUAUGAUUUUGUUUUAGAAUUGUUUAUAUUUUUUAUUUUAUGACUAAUACCCUGAAACGAGGGUGGUUGAACAAUAAGAAACGCAUGACUUUGGACAGGAGCAGUUUAUUGAGCACGAGACUAAUACAAAGUGCCACUCUCUGGGGAACAAAAGGAGCUAGCAAGCUAACAUUACGGUAUAUUUACAGGGUUUUUUAAGCGAAAUAGCCAGCGAGGUGAUACAGCUAGUUACUUGAAAAUGAGUUUAUUUAACUUAGAGAGGUUCCGAUUCCAACGGGAUGAUGGGACGUCUUCUCUCCCUAAAUUACCGAAGUCCAGUGACUCAGUCAGUCCCAAUUCGGAUAAAGAGAAUAAGCCAGCAAGCACCAAACAAGCCCUAAAAUCAACUUCCAAAACACAAGUCAAGGAGAGCCGUCUAGAAACGUGGGUCAUCUCAGACUCUGACGGGGAGGAUGCUGUACUAAUUGAAAAACCAUCAAAAGGACAUACUAGUCCUUCUAAGGGCAAGAAGGAGAGACGUGCAGGUUCAGAUGACGAGGAUCAUGUCGACGAGAAGAAGGUUGAUGAGCUGCAGGAGAUAUUUCCUAACAGAACCCGCAUGCAGCUGCGAGAGUUAAUCCAAUGCACAGGCACUUUAGAUGGAGCUGUGGCUCUUUGCCUGAUGCAGUAUGGAGACAAAGGUGUGAUCCCGCCAAGAAAGAGGGAUGCUGCCAGUGAGGAUGAGGAGGAGAAAGACAAGGAUGUGGCCAAUCCGACGAAGAAGAGACGCACUGAAGUGCCUGAAGACUCUCAGAAAUUGGACAAGUCGGAAUCUGAAGAGGACACAGAUGACUCGGGUGACACUGAGGACUCUUUUGAGCCGAGCCAGUCGAAGAAGGAUGGCAUCUUGCAGAGACUGAAGAAGAAGCUCCCAGAGUUAGAGGAAGAGCUGCUCAGGGACGUCCUGCAGGAGCACGAGUGGCACUAUGAGGACGCGCUGGGGUCGCUGCGCAUGUUCUCUGAUCCAGCUGAAGGCAACAGCUCCUCAAAAUCCAAGUCAAGCCAACCAAAGAAAGCCAGUCCCAAGAGCACCACGCCCUCCGUCUCCCAGUGGAUGACUAAAUUCUCCUUCUAUGGGGCACCGAAAGCAGCACCAACCAAGGCCAAUCCAGGCAGCAGCAACAGCAACAGCAGUAGCCACCCUCAACCCAGCAAACCAGCAGCCAAAACGGGGAAGACCCCGAGCAAGAGCAAGAGCAAGUUCAGCUCGUCGCGGCGAGGACGAGCAAAGUCGGAAGACACUCGGAGGCCGCUGAGUAGCGAGGACGAAGAUGAGCAGGAUGACGUGCUGUCGGACGAUUAUAAUUCGGAGGAGGAGAGCAGGCCCGUGAGCUCGGAGCAGCAGCUGGAGAUCCUCAAGUUCUUCCAGGAGGCGGCGCUGCACGAGCUCAUGCUCAUCUCCCGCUGCUCCUCCAAGAGGGCCAACAUCAUCGUCUCACUGCGGCCCUUCAACACCUGGCAAGACCUGGAGUCCCAGUUCCACCGGGAUAACGGGCUGUCUCCUGACAUGCUGGACGCCUGUCGGCUGGUGCUGCGGGAGAGGCAGGUGGUGCAGCAGCUGAUGGGCAAGUGCGAGGGCAUCUCCAGGAGGAUGCUGAAGGACGUGAACGCCCUUAUUGAGCAGGGCACCGGCUCCUCCAAGCAGCCAGCCAUACUCAACAGCAGCCGGAAGCUGCAGUCUUAUCAGCUGAUUGGGCUGAAGUGGCUCAUACUGUUACACCAACACAAGCUGAGUGGCAUCCUCGCUGAUGAAAUGGGUCUGGGUAAGACGGUUCAGGCAAUCGCCUUCCUGGCCCACCUCCUUGAGAAAGGCAUUACAGGACCUCAUCUUAUUGUUGUACCAGCCUCUACACUUGAUAACUGGGUGAGGGAGCUGCAGCUCUGGUGUCCUGCUCUCCAGUUGCUGGUCUACCACGGCUCCAUGGAGGACCGCCGGUACCUGCGCCGUGACAUUCUGGACAUGCAGGACGACCUCAAUGUCAUCUUGUGCACGUAUAACUCCCCUCUGGGUAACGAGAUGGACCGCAGCCUGUUCCGCAAGCUGCAGCUCAAGUACGCCAUCUUUGACGAGGGGCACAUGCUGAAGAACAUGAACUCCCAGCGCUACCGCUACCUCAUGGCCAUCAACGCCGAGCACAGGCUGCUGUUAACAGGCACCCCCCUGCAGAAUAACCUCUUGGAGCUGAUGUCUCUCCUCAACUUCAUCAUGCCCUCCAUGUUCUCCAGCAGCACCUCGCAGAUCGCCAAGAUGUUCACCCACAAAUCAGAUGAGGAGAGCAGCUACCUCAAGGACAGGAUAGACCAGGCCAAGCUGAUCAUGAAGCCUUUCAUCCUGCGCCGAGUCAAGACAGAGGUGCUAAAGGAGCUUCCUCCCAAGACAGACAUGGUGGAGAGGUGCAGCAUGUCUCCAAAGCAGAAGGAGCUCUACACGGCUCUCUUCAGCAAACUCAAACACACACCACCCGGAGAGAGGCGGGAGCUGUGCAACGUGAUGAUGCAGCUGCGUAAGAUGGCCAACCACCCGCUGCUGCACCGCCAGUACUACACCACAGACAAGCUCAGGGUCAUGAGCAAAGCCAUGCUCUCGGAGCCGACCCACUUCGAUGCAGACCCGGUUCUGAUCCAAGAGGACAUGGAGGUGAUGUCAGACUUCGAGCUGCAUAACUUGUGUCUGCAGUACCCGGCCAUUCGCAGUCACCAGCUCGCCACCGAUCUGCUGUUGGACUCAGGGAAAUUCCACCUGCUCACGCGCCUGCUCGCCUCCCACAAGGAAAACGGAGACAGAGUGGUGUUCUUCAGCCAGUUCGUCAUGAUGCUGGACAUCGUGGAGGUUCUGCUAAAGCACCUGGACCACCGCUACAUUCGCCUGGACGGCUCUACACCCAUCUCAGACAGGAUUGGCCUCAUCGACGACUUCAACAACAACCCUGAGGUGUUUGUGUUCCUGCUGUCGACUAAGGCGGGGGGCCAGGGAAUCAACCUGACCUCCGCCAACGUGGUCAUCCUGCACGACAUCGACUGCAACCCCUACAACGACAAGCAGGCCGAGGGACGCUGCCACCGCAUGGGACAGACCAGGCCUGUGAAGGUCAUUAAGAUAGUCUGUAAGGACUCCAUUGAAGACAACAUGUUGCGAGUGGGCCAGGAGAAGUUGAAACUUGAAGAGUGCAUGACUGCUUCAGACACAGCGGAUGAGAACUCCAUGUCAGAAGAUAUGGCUAUGCUUCUAAAAGUCUCGUUGGGACUUUGAGACCAACGAUUGUAUUACCUCAGAAAUUAGGACUUUUUUUGUUUUUACUUUUUGUACUUGUCAAUAGUUUUGUUUACAUAAAUAAAUUUAACUUGAAUUCUAA